UUCUCCCAUGAGGAGAGAGCCAUUCUGCGGGUGAUCACCGGACUCGGAACGCGGUGGAGGAGAGGACCGGUGUGGACAAUACACAAAAGCAAACACAAAGAGAAGAGGACCAGGGAGGAGAGCGUUGUUCCAUCUGAAUCUGUCUGGUUGAGACAUGCCAGUUCCAGACCAGCCUGCUGGAGCUGCAAAUCCUGCCAUGCUAAGCACAGGACUAAAUACCUGUUACGGAGACCAGACCGGAUCCGAGCCCACCUCAGCCAUCUUGGCCUCGGUCAAAGAGCAGGAGCUACAGUUCGAGAGACUGACUCGGGAGCUGGAGACCGAGCGGCAGAUCGUCGCCACCCAACUGGAGCGAUGCAGGCGCGGAUCUGAGAGUGGCGGCACCAUGAGCGACAUCAGUUCAGCAGAUGAGCAUCUCCGCUGGAAUCCUCAAGACGGACAGGAGGACAUCGAGGAUGAGCUUAACACGGGGCUGGAGCUCGUAGACUCGUGCAUCAGAUCUCUGCAGGAGUCCGGGAUCCUGGACCAUCAGGAGUACAGCGCGAGUGAACGACCUAGUCUGCUCUCUCAGAGCUCGCUGCAGCUCGCCUCCAACUCCUCCGGCUACCACGGCGGCCAGGCACCGGCCGCGAACGACGCCUCGUUUCAGCCGCAGCAGCCUUACAACCAGCAUGACAGUACCAAUGUGGACAAAGCAAGAUCCAUAAAGAUCAAGACCAUUUCAGUUUAA